CCUAUCUCUCUCUCCCCCCACUGUGCAUUACUUUCUCUCUCUAGAAAAGCAGAAAAAUCUCCUCUCUCAAAUCUCUCUAGUAGAGAGAAACCAGUUACAAUUCUUCAUUUUAGCCACAGCCGGAAAAUCUAGAAAAUCAUGAGUUACUACAAUCAAAAUCAACCCCCCGUCGGCGUGCCGCCCCCGCAAGGUUACCCGCCGGAGGGGUACCCGAAGGAUGCUUAUCCGCCGGCCGGCUACCCGCCGCAAGGGUACCCGCCGCAGGGUUACCCACCCCAGGGGUACCCGCCGCAGCAGGGCUACCCGCCGCAGUACGGGCAGCCUCCGCCGCCGCAGCAGCAACAGCAAUCCGGCAGUUCCGGUUGCAUGGAAGGAUGUUUGGCUGCUCUCUGCUGUUGUUGCCUUCUGGAUGCAUGCUUCUGAUGGAGAAGAAGGAUUGAGUUGUUUAUUAAAACAGAACCAAAAAAAAAGAAAAAUUCAAGAAUUGAUAUUUGCUAUUGCCCCCCUCUUAUUUUUCCUUUUGCAUUGAGGGUUCUUGUUAAUUCUACAACUUUAGCUUUCGCCCUUUCUUUAAAUAAUAUUAUGAACCUUCACAUUGAAUUUAAGUUCUUGAUUUUCAGUUAGGAGAUUUAAAUUGCGUUUGCCCUUUUCAAUUGUGGUGUAAAUUCGUAUUCACCGGAGAUGAUUUGUCGUUUUUAA